GCGUUACAAUCAAUCAGUAUCAAUAAAAUGCAAUACAACCGCCGUGGGUGGUGUUCAAAUCAGGAGCACGCAAUUUAAAAUACAACACCUCUUCAAUAAAUAUUCGGCCACUUAAGCGGUCUACAGUCCAACUUCGCCAGAGUUCAAUAGCCCACAGCGCAUUAAUCGGCGUAUAUAUUUUUAUAUGGAAAACGGUGUACGUUUUAAAGUAGUGCCUGCUACUGAUAAGUGUUUAGUUGCUCAUAAAAUAUUGCACAGGAUUGAACUUUGAGCGCGCUUUGUAUGGCGAAAUCAUCAUCAUCGCUUGAAAAUCAGCUGACAUGUUCAGAGGCUAAAGCGUUUGACUUUUCCCAAACAAUAAUUAAAAUAACAUAAACAAGGUUUUUUCCCAUAUUUUCUCAUAAUUUGUAACAAUGUUUUGUUAAUUUGAACUGUUGUAAUAUGUAAUAUUUACAGAGCCUCUUUAAGAUUGAAAAUAUUGCAAAACGAACAUCAAAAUUACUGAUUUCUUAAUAUUAAUUCUUAGUUUAACUUGAAUACCUUAACAACUACAGUUUUUCUAUAUUUAUCAGUUUAAUUGUUUUUAAACAAUUAUUACAAUCAGCGCUCGUUGCGGUUUUGCUUCGGAAGCACGUUUGCCCUCUUAUAUAAAUUUUUUUAUUUGCCAAAAUGUUUUCAUUACACUGAACAAUUUUGUCACGACACCUAUUCUUUAUUGGAUUUCAUUAAAAUUAAAGCAUUUGAUAAACUUAACUUUUUGUCUCAGAAAACGGACCCAAAAUGUAUGGCAUACUCAACCCUUUUUUAUGUGAACUUAUGCAGUAUUGCACUAAAUAUGUGUUCACAAUAGUAAAAUUUUGCCACUUUGGUGGCAGAAUUGCCAGACCCUAAACCGUGAGAGUGGCCAGAUCGUUAAGUAUAAAAUCCGUUAGUUUUAUCAAGACGCUUAAAACAACGGGCUAAUAAAACUUUAAAUUUGGUGUUAAAUUGCUUAAUUAUGUUUAGAAUUCAUUGCAACAAGUGCUUUUGUCGCCGCAAUACAAAUCCGACGUUGGUCUUCCACAUGUCUCGAUGCCAGCACGUAAUAUGCGAAACCUGUUUGAGCCAAUCCUCGGAAGAAAAGAAGUGUCCAGUUUGCAAGGUGGAACUCACUACCGUUCCGAUCAACCGGCAAUUGCCCCGUGGCGUGGCCAACUACUUCGAGGAUCCCCUUCGAUUCCAGGUGCUCUACCGCAAGAUCAGCAAGUUCCAGGUCGACCAGCGGGCAUCGGACAACCGGGGAUUCUACCGCCAGAUGCAGGAGCACGAGAAGAACAAACUCCGGCUGGAGGGCUUCUGCAAGAUGGAGGCACAGAUCAACCAGCAGAUCCAACUGGAGAAGAAACGGAUCGCCGAUCUGCGCGCUUACAUCUCGUUCCACGAGGAAGCGGCUCAGAAAAAUCGCCGGCGCAGCAUGGAUGAUAUGCAUCAUGCCAAGGAACUCCAGCGACGUCGUGGCCUACGUCCUCGAACACCCUCCAUGAGCACGACGGACAACACCCAGUCGGAUGAGGCCAUGGAGACCUUCUGCCUGGACUCGGACACAGAUUUCCCGGCGUUGGGCCAAACCCGUGAUUCGCGCAAGAGAAGAUUCGACGGGAAUAUAAACGAGUUCCAUAUCUAAUCAGUUAAUAUCCUCACAGAAAUUACAGAAAUUUUAAUUUUAAUUAAGUUAUGGAUAAGCUUGAACUUUAACCAG